AUGAGUGGUCCAACUCUGACUGUGACGGUCUUACCAGCCGCCGAGUCCACCCAGCCGUCUUUUCCGACUCCCAGCCCUCCGGCGCCUCCUGCGCGUCCCUCUCCCUCUCCGACAGACCGACAGUCCAGUUCGGACAACGCCAGUGUUCAAGCCCCCACGCUCUUGCCUCGAGUGGCGCCUUCGCACGGACGGUCUUUGAGCGCCAACAUCCCCCACACCAGCUCACCGGCUUUCGAUGUCCCCUCUUUUGACUUCGGCCCCGACUUCGAUACUACAUUUUCCUUCUCCUCGACCGAGACUUCGAAAGACGAUACGGAUGAAACCCCCGCGGUAGCUGGCAACCAGGAUAGCAUGGCCGGCCCUGAGCCUAGGAUGGGCAAGGAUGGGAAGAGACGGACAUCAAUAACCCGGCCACAGUCAUGGAUGCCUUCGUCCAGGCCUUCCUUGAGCAUUCUGACCAGCCCUGAGGAGGAUGCGGGAAGAGAACCUGUGGCGGAUAGCGAGGAGACGACCGAUUCGCAGUUUUUGGCCCCAGGCGUAGGCACAGGCACGCAGGAGAGACAUAGGAGUGUCCCGGACUCGCUAACCAGUCUAACCAAGCGCUCGUGGAUAUCGGGAUCUCGGUCACCCUCGCCUGGUAAGAAGGACGAGGGCCUGGACGCAGCAUCCGACGCUCAGUUAGGUCGUGAGCGGUCUGCUAGUAACAGCUCGAUCAUGAAGCUUAGGAAAGCUCCGCGGAAACUACUAGCAUCGCCUGCCGAUGGUGACAGCAACAACAAAUCGGCAGAUCCUCCUGCUCUUGGCAAGUUUGGCACCUACCUGAAUAAGAUCAAGCAGCGACCGCCUUCCAUGCUCUCGAAGGGAAAGCUCCAUAGCGAUCGGGAUAGUCCCGCCUCCUCCACCGCUAGCAUUGCUCCCCCGUCCCUCGAUACCCGCCAGUCGCAUGCUUCCGAGACCAGCAACAGCACUUUCCCCGAGGACGGUACGCUGGCCAGGAUGCCGCAAGCUAGGGACCCCCUCUGGUCUACCUUCAAGGCCCUGGACUCGGAUUCUCACAAGUUUCAGACCAAGUCCACCAGUCUCAAGACGGGCAUGAUCAAGGCCAUCCUCGUGCCGUUUUUGAAGGGCUACGCCGGGCAUUCGUCGAACAGGAUGUUACACUACGAGGAUCUAGAGCGGCGGGCGCUCAUCCUGAAUAAGUGGUGGAAUGCGCUGCUCGAGCUGCUGGAUGGGAAGACGCAGCAACCGGUUGCCGGAGUCGACCGCCCUGUCCUCCUCGAUGCUAUAACCCUGCUCAUGAUGCGGCCAGAGUGGCGCCAAUGCAGCGCCAACUUCUCCCCGCUACCAGAUCGCAAUCCUAGGGAGCGUUUGCGAACACCCUCGCGCACUAGUUGCGACAAGUCUUCUACGUCGGUGGAUUCGACUGACUCCGCUUAUCUUGCCGAAUCCGCGAGACACAAUGUCAAAACCAUGUUCGUCACGAAUCUGGUGACGCAGAUGGCUAUCGUGGUGGACAAGCUAUCCCUGCGACACGCGCCUCUGAGCCUGGUCAACUUUGCCGGGAAGGCUUGCGCUUACGCCUUUUUCUUCGCGCCGGGUAUCGCCGACAUACUCGUGCGGCUCUGGUCCUUGACGCCGGAUAAGAUCCGCCGAGUUGCAGACGAGUUCGGCCUGCCGCGCCGUGGCAGGGAUGAAGCUGACGCGACGGCGCUCUUCCCCCACUGCGUCGACAAGCUGUGCUGGACUUCGGCCAAGGCCCUCUCCGAGUCUUUCAAGCAAGCCGCUAAGUUGCCGCUGACCGCCGCUAAAAUCGCGUGGAGGGGGCCGUGGGUUUCGAGGUGGACCGGGCGCGACACCGACCUGUUCUUCGUCUUCUGCAAGUACUACUACAUACUUGCGGAAGAGUUCAUGCCGGCAGACUGGCCGCUUUCCGAGAAAGCUCGCGCUCCGGGUUUCGUCCUCGUCAGCGCCCAGGUCCUCUCCAUCCUGGACUCGACCAUCCAUCGGCAGGCGGCCGUAGAGGCUAUGCUGGGGCCUCCGCUCACGGAUGCGGUCCACGGCACGGAUGCGUCCGCCAUGGCUCUGCCAGCCGCUCCGAAUAACAAUAUAAUGAAAGGCAUGAACGAGAACCGCCUCAUACUUCUCCUGAAGGAUAUGCUUUCUCCCGCGUCGACACUCUUCGUCGGCGCGCGGCACACGUUCGCUAAAUUGUUCACGGCAAUCAUGAGAGCGGCUGCGAAACGAACCUCGCAAUUCGACCACAACGCAUGUUUUACCCUCUGCGACUUUCUCGAGGAAUCGUUGGUGGCUUACGACAAUUUCGUCGACGUCGAGAAGCCCGAGACAAACUACGUUGACUGGCCGUUUUGGCUGGACGUCUGCAAGAAGAUGAUGGAUUCGAGCAACACGAUGUCGGAGAUUCGAGUUCUCUCUCUCCUCUUCUCAAUAUGGGAAGUGAUCGCAGGCGACCCGUCCCGUAAAGAGAUGUUCUCUCUCGGCUGGCUUCUCACGGAGGAAGUAUUUAACAAGCUGUUCAACAACUGGUGCCCCAUGGUCAGAGCAUACUACAUGCGCCUUCUCUGUUGGAGGGUAUGUAGAGAUGCUGGCAGCUCCAGCGAUUUGGAUACUAAAGUUUUCCUCGUGGUCUAUUCGCGUUUGAAGACGGUCUGGUCCCAUUAUCUCUGGUUAAAGCAGAAGGCUGAGCAGCAGGGAAAAUUCCCGCCCUCGACAGCACCCUCCUAUCCUACCCCAGGGAAGAGAUUCAUGAUCAUCCGCACCGAACUCCCACCGGCACAGCCCGGACUCAUGGUGGGCUUCGACUCUUCCAAUGCUUCGCCGGCGUCCGAUCCAUCGUCGAGCCCGCCCACUGACUUCGAAUCUAUGGACGCUAUUGACGAUGCGGAGCCUGGCUUCCAAAAGAAGAGGACCAGUCUUUUAGGGAGGCUUUUCUCUUUCACCGGAAGCACUACCGUCGCAAACGAUUUGGAAACUAUGAGACGUGAGGCCGCAGUAUCCCGCGGUCGCCCGGCCUUGCCCCCUAAACCAAGGGGUAACGCAAGCCCGUCUGGUUCCGAUUCCGACAGCAUAGGCUCAUCACCUACCUACGAAGCCCUGUUUGUGUUCAAAUUUACGCUGUCGUGGAAUGCUGCCGGUACGAUGUCGCCACCCAAUCGCAUUCUCACUCGUCCACGGCUGCCGACCCCAGCUCAGGCCUGGGUUACGGCGAAAGCUCGGACGGGGAGCCCGCCGCUGCCGCCGGCUAGCCGGCCCGCUGCGACCCGAGCAAUCUCCGGAAGCUCACAUCUCGGCCUCGUCGAUUCGGCGAAGAAUGCCGAUCCCUCCGCCUCCGGGGUUCCUUCGUCGCCUCCCCGCCUCUCCUUGUCUUUCGAUCGAGGGCAUAGCCUGAGCCCAGGGAGCCCUACCGCACCGGGUAGUGACGAACUGCAGCUCCAAAGUCCGGAAACCCUGGCUAAGGACGAGCUACCUUUUCAGGGCCAAAUUCCUCAUACCCAAGAACCCAUCGUUGUGCCAGCUGAGCCCAAAGGUCCCUUCGCCAUGGGUGUGAAGUACGCCGGGCGGGCCCUGGCGGAAUGGAGUCUGGUCGUUGCCGAAUGCAACAGCUUCGUCGAUCGAAGACGAGAGGAGGGUGUUCCGAGAUUGUGCGAGGUUGAGGUGCCAGCUCUUGGGGUAGAGGGCUUUAGAAAAAUAGGAUGA